AUGAGUGACAACAAUAUCGUCAUUGUGAUAAGAUUCUCUACAGCAUCUUACCCAGACCUGGAACUUCCACCCGUUGAACCCUCUCAGUUAACGUUACCAUGGCUCAGAAAGAAUGUACGGAUGAAACUUUCAGACCUUAGAAACAAGAGACUGAGGUUUAUCCUCAGUGGACGUGUUAUCAACGAGAGUACGAACUUGGUUGAUGAGUACAACAGAUACAUAAGGUUCCAGAGCGAGGAUGAUGGCGUGGAUAAGAAGUUCUAUAUCCACUGUCUUAUUGGCGACAUUUUGACACAGCAGGAACUGGCAAAGGAGAACGAGAUGGAUAAUAAAGUCCAAGAGCAGAGUACCACACCGGCGCCUGUCGGGUUUGAUCGCUUACAAAACGCUGGAUUCAGCCAAGAGGAUAUCAACAUGCUAAGGAGACAGUUUAGACAGCUAUAUGGGGACUUGCCGCAAGUGCAAAACGAAGCAGAUAUUAGACAGCUAGAGGAGAGGUGGAUCGACAGCUCUGUUAACCACGAAAUCGACGACUUCAACGUUGCCACUGCCAACGGUGGAAGUGGAUCCAUGAUGAGCGGGAACGUUGAUCUACUAGUCGGGGUGCUGAUUGGAUGCCUAUGUGGCGUGCUAAGCGUUUUCUUGUUAAUGACCGGGAAACUGUUCAACAAGAGACAGAAGAUUGCCAUAGUUGCCGGUAUCAUUGUGAACUUCUCCUUCGCACUGGUGAGACAAUGGUCAUAG